UGUCUGAUCAAAUUAGGUUAUGUGGACGCGAACUGCAAUUUGGCUCGCCAAUUCGAUUCGACACAAGAUGAGAUUGACACCAAUUUAUUUUCUAAUCAAAUCGGUCGAUUUGAUCAUCUCGUCUGGACUGGCCUUGAAAUUGUCUAUGCUUUUGAUUUUUUAUAUUGUUUGACGGUGAAUGCAGUUAAGCCAGUUAUUUCAAAAAUUUGAUAGAUGAGGUUGAGGUUGUUUGUUACUUUGUUUCAAUUCUAAUUUUGUUUUAGUUUUUUUCAGGUCAGGAAUGGAUACAAGCUUCGACUUAGUAGCUCUACUGAAGCAGCAACCUACAGCGAAGAAGAGUCACAAAAUAAGGCCUGCGCAGUUUGUGAGCGUAGCGGGAGGGGUCCAAAAGAGAUUGCAGACUAAUAUCAAGAAUAGAAAGAGCAGUCGCUUGUCUGUCUUUGACAGAAUCAGAAAUAUCACAAGAUGUGAGAGCCCCAAGGCAUCAAAUCUUUCCGAUGCCCAGCAGAAAACACUGCACAGAAAACAGCAGUUGGAGAAAUGGAAAGAAGAGAAGGACAAGAAGAAAAAGGAGACUGCAAGACAGAAAAAAAAGCCGUUUGUUGCUGCAGUUUCUCAGAGAAGGACAUUUGGACCUCCACCACCUCCCCCUAAGCCUAUGCCGAGCACUUCAGGACGAGUCACGAGGUCCCAAGCUCGACAAAAAACUGAAUCAAAGCCCUUGAAUGCACAAUCAAAAUCCUUUGCACCAAGUAAUGCUACUUUUAAACCUUCUAUCUUCUUAAAGACUGAAGCUCCUACUCUGGCACCUGUAAACAAAAAAAAAGCCAGGAACCCAAAACAUAACAUAACUUUUGAACCUGUGCUACCCAAAAAUUUGCAUAAAGAGACCAAAACUACUCAAACUACAAGAGCCGAACCAGUUGCAAAAAAAUCAAUAGUAGAUAACAAGAAAAAGCCAAAUGAAAAAACCAAAGCUAAAAUGCUAGUAAAACCACCACCGCUAAAACAAAAGAUGUUCCAAAGCAGUUCAUCUAGCAGUGAUAUGGAACUGCCCAGUGAACAAAGAAGUAGGCCAAGCCUACAAAAAUCAAAAAAACCAGUGCCAGUGGUGCAAGCCUCUACCUCCCAGGAUUCAGCUUGUGAAUUACAAGAGACUGCAUCUAUGUCAUCCUGCAUCUAUGUCAAAGACUCGCAAGAUGCCUUAAUGUCCCAAGACUCACAACAUACCUCAAUGUCCCAAGACUCAGAAGAUACCUUAAUGUCCCAAGGCACAGCAUCAAUUUCAUCACAAGAUGAACUAAGUACUCCCAAAAAUAAGGUCCCUAAGAGUGAGUCUAGUUCGGAAGAAAAGCUUCGUUCUCCCAAGGCACUUGAUAUGCCGCUGACUCCAGAACAGAUUGCAGAGGUGGCAAAGAAUAUCAGCCCAUGUGUCACAAUGUCACGAGGAAAGGAUAAUGCCAGGAAAGAGAGAAUGAAAAAACUAAAAGAAGGACUGUUGGAUGAGGAUAACAGCAACAUGCAAAGCGUGAAAUACUUCAGUCAACAGCUGAACUGUGAGAUCACUCGCAUUACUGCCAUGUGCGAGACUUGGGACCAGAUCUUGGCUCAGACUGUACUGCCGGAGCCAAUUCAGGAGCUAGUGUUGACAGCAGUAGGGCAGGCGCGGCUGCUAAUGUCGCAGAAGUUCCAGCAGUUCGCGAGGCUGGUGGAGCAGUGCGCGCGCCCCAUACCCGGAGAAUCGCUCGUCACCCCGGCCGACCUGCACGGCUUCUGGGACAUGGUGUUCAUGCAGGUGGAAAACGUAGACAUGCGCUUCAAGAACCUCGAAGAGUUACGGCUACGGGACUGGAUUGAAGAACAGAAGCCAGAGCCCAAGAAAGUUGUAGCCAAGCCGGCGGCCAAGAAAGCUGCCAAGCCCACUGGAGGGCCGAGUCGACUUAGAGAGAUGAUCGCUGCCGCAAGAAAAGCAAAGAAAGUCCAAGAAUCUCAAUCCGAAAUACCGGAAUCAGAGAAGUCUGAGCCAGCAGCGUCCCCAGAAACCAAGACGUUUGAAGCUGGUUUCUUCAGAAUCAGCUCUCCGAUAAAGCGAGACUCUCCGGCGCCGGCCACGCCGAGCGACAAGGCGAGCUUGCUGAAGACUGUGCUGUCCAGCGAGGCCAAGAAGUCUGUGUCUAAGAACUCUACGUCGUUCGCCAUGCUGCGAGCUUCGUUGAUGAGCAAAAAUAUGAACAUCGACGGUGUAUCUCCUCUCAUGCAAACCCCGACCCUAGCUCCGGUGGACCUGCAGGCCACGCCGGCGCGCAGCAUCCUCAAGCAGCGCGGCGCCGGCAGCAACAAGCCGGACAAGCUCAAGACCGUGCUGUUCCACGACGAUUCUUCCAGCCCCACUUCUUACACCAGCUGUGGGAAAGAGACGGAAGCAGGGGAGCCAGGAAUAGCGCCGUUGCCGGCCGAUGAUAAGGAGAAUACAGCUACGCCGAAACAAGCUUCGGCCAGGAAGUCUAGGUUAGUUCGACAGAACGCCGAAGAACGGUCCAGCCCGGUCAUGACCCGCAGCCGGCGCAGGAGCGUCCAGGCCCCGCUGCCAGCGUCCGACCACGCACUGCACAGACGGACCACGAGGAAGAGUGCGCAGACACCUUUAGUAGAGUCGGACACCAAUGUGCAGGAUAAACGCUCUACGAGGAAGAAACAAGUUCAGGCGCAGGAGACUGAAACGCCGAAGCGGUCGACGUGGAGUCGAAAGAGCGCUCCAACUGUAUAAUAUACCAUAAGUGGUAGAAAUUUGGAUAAUACAUUGACAUAUAUCUAAGUCGGGCCUUACGGGCACUAAGGUGGUGUCACUCGCGAAUUCGAGCCAAUCGCAGUCUAAUGCAACUAGUUGCGAUCAAUCGAGCACGGCUUGAAUUCGUGUGCGUGACACCGCUGUACUGGCUCUAUUCUCAUUGCCCGUAAGGCCCGUCCUUAGAUAUACGUCAAUUGGAUUAAAAAAAAAAAACUCAGACAAUUAAUACAGUCCAAUAAUAACUAGUUUAAUAUACAAACCAUGGGUAAAGGAAUACUAAGACGCGUAAAAUAGUGUAAACCUUUCUACAUGCCCUUUACUAUCCAAUUGCCAAAAAAGUAUAGCGAACAGUUACGGACUUAUUGCUGACCUAUCUACAGUUCAAGCUAAUCUGGUUUUCAAUACUAAGGCUAUGAAAUGUCCAAUGUAAAGUGAACCCUAAAUAGAUCUACAAUUGAAGUCCGUGAGCCGUGACCUUGAGCCCGUCCCCUAUACAACUUGAAUUUGAAACGAUUUCGCUCUCUUUACACUCGCUAAUUUUUUAUCUUAAAUAAACAGUGUCCAAACUAAAAUGUCAAAAUCGUACGACCAAUAGGGAGUAUUACUGAAAUGUUCUGCCGCCAGAGUGCAGCACUAGCACGUUUCGUAAACCAUAGAGUAACUUAAACAUACUGUGCCUUAAACUGUUUUUUUGAUAAGUUUUCACAGAUAAUAAAAUAUGACAUUGUUGCAUCCAGGCGGUUUGUUUGCAAAGGGCCUACCCGUAACGCGAAAAUCGAAAUUUAGUUAUCUGCCACUUCAUCGCUCGAAUAUGAAAGAGUGAUAGAGAGGUUAGAUAACGAAAUUUCGAUUUUCUUGUUUCACUGUAGAUCCUCAGAUUGUGAUGGAUUGUGGUAGUGGCGCCCCCUGCGCAGAGUUUCACGUAAUAUUCCCUAUUGACAGAGAAUAAGUACACUCGCGUCGCGUCGAGUAGCGCCGCCCGGCAACG